AAUAGAUUAUUUUUGUAUUUGCUGCACACCGCUUACAGACUGUUUGGUUUCAGUUUUACAACAAAAAUGGGUUUUGGAUUGUGUGUGAGAGUUCUUGUGAUCUCACUCUUGACUUUUGGGCAGCAAGCAAAGGCACUCAGCUACAGAAGUGGAGGCUCCAGUGGCAUUACACCUCACUUUGAUUUUUCAAGAAGCCUUAAACCCUCUUCCACUUCCAGUGAUGAUAGUUCAGCACAGCCUGAGAGGGUUUUGGGUAGUUAUUCACCCUUUCAUGCUGAUGGGGCUUUAUCUGAGACUCUGAAGCCAGCUGCUGCACCAAGUGCAGGAGGUUAUAGUGGCUCUCAUGGAAGGCAAGUAGGUGGUUACAGUCCUGAGGGAAGUGUUUCUAGUUACGGGCCAAGCCAACCAAUAAUUCGUAAGCCAAACCAACUACCUCAAGCUAACCCUAGUGCAAAUGGUGUCCUUCCAAGCAAAGCUGCCCCGUGGGCUUUCCCUUUGCCCCAUAAUCCAAACUCUUUUCAGUCUGGUAUUGCUUCAAGUUCUGCAAUUGUGAUGCACUCUGGUCCCUACUCCAAGCCCCAGAAGCCCAAAAACCGUCCAAAGCCCCAGCAGGCCGGCUACAACCCUAAGCCCCACCAGCCCAAACCUCAGCAGGCCGCCAACCCUUCAAAUCCCCUGCAGUCUUGGUACCAGCCCAAACCCCAGCAGACCAAGCCCAACCAGCCCUCCUACCCUUCAAAUCCUCAGCAGGCCAAGCCCUACCAGCCUUCAUACCCUUCAAAUCCUCAGCAGGCCAAGCCCUACCAGCCUUCAUACCCUUCAAAUCCUCAGCAGGCCAAGCCCUACCAGCCAGCCUACCCUUUGAAUCCCCAGCGGGCUACCAACCCUUCAAGUCCCCUGCUGUCUAGGUACCAGCCAAAACCCCAGCAGCCUUCUUACCAUUCAAAUCCUCAACAGGCCAAGCCUCAGCAGACCGAACCCCUGCAAGGGGUGCUCCAAAGUAAAGCUGGCAUGUGGUACUUUCCUUCCGAAGGAAGUGUUUCUUCUGACUCUAAUGUGCAGGCCAAGCCCUACCAGCCAGCAAACCCUUUGAAUCCCCAGCGGGCUACCAACCCUUCAAGUCCCCUGCAGUCUCGGUACCAACCCAAACCCCAGCAUCCUGCCUACCCUUCAAAUCCUCAGCAGGCCAAGCCCUACCGGCCUUCAUACCCUUCGAAUCCUCAGCAGGCCAAGCCCUACCAGCCUGCCGACCCUUCAAAUCCCCUGCAGUCUAGGUACCGGCCAAAACCCCAGCAGCCUUCCUACCCUUCAAAUCCUCAGCAGGCCAAGCCCUACCGGCCUUCAUACCCUUCGAAUCCUCAGCAGGCCAAGCCCUACCAGCCUGCCGACCCUUCAAAUCCUCAGCAGGCCAAGCCCUACCGGCCUUCCUACCCUUCGAAUCCCCAGCAGGCCAAGCCCUACCAGCCUGCAUACCCUUCAAACCCUCAGCAGGCCAAACCCCUGCAAUGGGUGCUCCAAAGUAAAGCUGGCAUGUGGAACUUUCCUUCCCAAGGAAGUGUUGCUUCUGGCUCUAAUGUGCAGCCCACUGACUCAAACUCGCACUUGAAUCUUGACCCAAGUAGUUUGAGAGAAAUUCCAAUGCCAUUCCCGUACCAGCCCAGGUGGCCGCAGCAACUGGUGCCAGUGUAGAACAGACAUCAUUGACCUUCCUAACUGUUCCUGAACUUGCCUGGAAGAAGUCUGAACUGGCAUCAACUUUGAAUUUAAUAAAAUACUUGGAACACAC